AGAGUAUCAUUUGGUGUUUUUGAAUGGUGCAAUAAUCGGAAUAACGAUCGAUCCGCAGCGAAUUGUGUCGACAAUACGUGCGGUCAGACGCAACGGUAUAAUAUCGGAGUUUGUGUCAGUCUCAACAAGUGCUCAGCAACGGUCGGUUUAUAUCGCAAGUGAUGGCGGUCGUUUAUGCCGGCCGUAUAUCAUUGUCAAACGACGUAAACCAGCCGUAACACAGUAUCAUAUCGAUGAGCUGAAAAAAGGGCAUCGUUUAUUCGAAGAUUUUGUGGAUGAAGGUUUGAUAGAAUAUUUGGAUGUGAACGAGAUGAACGACGCAUCGAUCGCGGUUUACGAGAAUCAAAUUAAAGAUGAUACAACACAUUUG